AUGGCUUCGAUAAUUUGCAAAUGGAAUGUUCCAGCUGAUGUGGAGAGCAUUUUACUUGGUAUAUACCAAGCUUUCCGGCGAGACAUCUUGCAGUCGGAACAUGGGGACCCAACAGAAGCUCUUUUGUAUUCGCUGCUGAAUGAUUUUGGCGCUUCGAAACAAAUGAUUUUUGAAGCAUACGAAAGUAAUUCCCUUUAUGCCUUCAUACAGUGUUUUGUCAGAAAUGCGUCACAACGACGCGGAGAUGCAUGUCCUCGCUAUUUCUCUGACUGGCUGCACUACAGACUGAUCAUUGGUCCUACAAGAUUGUUGUUAAGCGAAGAGGAAGUGCUUUCAGCACGCGAUAUUGCAUGGAUGAGAGAGGAAAUCUACCGCACUUAUUAUGAGUAG